AGUUUCUUCUUAAACAUGACCAUCUUUUAUCAUGAAGAAGAGCCAACAAAUCCUUCUAAGAGAUGCAAAUUUCUCGCUGCAUGUUUGAAGGACGCAUUUUCCAAUUGCCAUGACUUUGGAGGAUGCCUUUCAACUUCAAACCCUGAUGAGGAAUAUCCAACAAGUGACUUCGAUGAAGAACAGGAAGUGGUUGUUUCGGCAAUUCGAAGCGGCGCAUUAGAGAAGUUGAGGAGGAAGCCCGUCCUUCUGAUGUCAGAUAGCUUUUCUUGGGUCUAUUCUACAGUAACCAGAGAGUUAUACAUUACACCAAAAGGGAUUGAACAAAAAGAGGACAUGAACGGUGUAGACUGCGAAGGAGAAGAGUUCUUAUCCGUGAAAAGCUGUUUUUCAUGCUGUUCGAGUGCUGCGAGUAGGGAUGUGUUUGUUUCUGUGAAAUCAAGCUUCUCACGUAGCUCAAGCUUAAAUGGGGUGGACUUGAAAGAGUUUCAGAGGCGUUCCAUAAUUCAAGAGUUCUGCCACUGUGAGGGAUGGCCUUUCGGCCUCUGUCGUAAGGCCGUGUUGCUUCCACCUCUGCCCAAGUCCCCUUCUGAAUCUUGGUCAUGGCGUAAAGGCACCAAAACAGCCAAGCUCACUUACCGAUGAGUCUUUUUUUUUUUUUGUUCUUUUUCAUCUUCUUUUUACUCCCUAAUUAUUAGUAGUUUUUCGUCGGCGUCUCAAGUAAUAAAUUCAUACUGGGGGUCAAGGGUCAAAUUUUUCUGUGUGAAUUGUCUUCUUCAUUCACAUAGAUUAGACUACUUGUUUCUCUUGGGUUUUCUUUUCUUGUUUCUGAAGAAGCACCUUUAAGCUCUUUUUCAUGCUCUGCUACAGAGAACAGGAACAUGAAAGCUGGGUGUUUUUCUUUUAGGAAUGGUUGUAGUCAGACAUUGUGGAGAGUGGAGACUAAUAAGCCACUAAAAUGGUGUCAUAAAUGAUAAUAUUUGCUUUUAUCACCAUGAUAGAUGGUUGAGCAGAGCCCAUCCCACUUACCCGAGCGCACACUAAGCCAUCAAAAAAGCAUGCUUUGUUUGACUUCACCAAAUUGGACAGAGCUCACACCACCUUAUUUGAUUUUUGUUUUUUGAUGAUUAAAAAACCAACUAAGUAGGCCCCAGUCACACAACCAACUACUUCG